AUGAUUUUUGUAAAUUAUAAAUUUCUUCUCGCAGUCUUUGCUUGUUUGGUAAUUGCUGGCUCAGCAGAUCCCUGCGGUCCAACUUGUCGAUAUCCCUGUGAGGCAAUAACUCCUGGACAUCCUGAAGAAAGGCAUUGCAAGCAGAAUUGCGGUUUCGGACAAGAUUGGAAGUGCCGCAAAUUCUGUCGCUGUGCCACCGAAAAGACAACAACGCCACCAACAACAACAAUACAAGACGAAACAUCAGAGAGUAACGAACCCUGCGGUCCAACUUGUCGAUAUCCCUGUGAGGCAAUAACUCCUGGACAUCCUGAAGAAAGGCAUUGCAAGCAGAAUUGCGGUUUCGGACAAGAUUGGAAGUGCCUACACUUCUGUCGCUGUGCCACUGAAAAGACAACAACGCCACCAACAACAACAAUACAAGACGAAACAUCAGAGACUAACGAACCCUGCGGUCCAACUUGUCGAUAUCCCUGUGAGGCAAUAACUCCUGGACAUCCUGAAGAAAGGCAUUGCAAGCAGAAUUGCGGUUUCGGACAAGAUUGGAAGUGCCUACACUUCUGUCGCUGUGCCACUGAAAAGACAACAACGCCACCAACAACAACAAUACAAGACGAAACAUCAGAGAGUAACGAACCCUGCGGUCCAACUUGUCGAUAUCCCUGUGAGGCAAUAACUCCUGGACAUCCUGAAGAAAGGCAUUGCAAGCAGAAUUGCGGUUUCGGACAAGAUUGGAAGUGCCGCAAAUUCUGUCGCUGUGCCACCGAAAAGACAACAACGCCACCAACAACAACAAUACAAGACGAAACAUCAGAGAGUAACGAACCCUGCGGUCCAACUUGUCGAUAUCCCUGUGAGGCAAUAACUCCUAGACAUCCUGAAGAAAGGCAUUGCAAGCAGAAUUGCGGUUUCGGACAAGAUUGGAAGUGCCGCAAAUUCUGUCGCUGUGCCACCGAAAAGACAACAACGCCACCAACAACAACAAUACAAGACGAAACAUCAGAGAGUAACGAACCCUGCGGUCCAACUUGUCGAUAUCCCUGUGAGGCAAUAACUCCUGGACAUCCUGAAGAAAGGCAUUGCAAGCAGAAUUGCGGUUUCGGACAAGAUUGGAAGUGCCUACACUUCUGUCGCUGUGCCACUGAAAAGACAACAACGCCACCAACAACAACAAUACAAGACGAAACAUCAGAGACUAACGAACCCUGCGGUCCAACUUGUCGAUAUCCCUGUGAGGCAAUAACUCCUGGACAUCCUGAAGAAAGGCAUUGCAAGCAGAAUUGCGGUUUCGGACAAGAUUGGAAGUGCCUACACUUCUGUCGCUGUGCCACUGAAAAGACAACAACGCCACCAACAACAACAAUACAAGACGAAACAUCAGAGAGUAACGAACCCUGCGGUCCAACUUGUCGAUAUCCCUGUGAGGCAAUAACUCCUGGACAUCCUGAAGAAAGGCAUUGCAAGCAGAAUUGCGGUUUCGGACAAGAUUGGAAGUGCCGCAAAUUCUGUCGCUGUGCCACCGAAAAGACAACAACGCCACCAACAACAACAAUACAAGACGAAACAUCAGAGAGUAACGAACCCUGCGGUCCAACUUGUCGAUAUCCCUGUGAGGCAAUAACUCCUAGACAUCCUGAAGAAAGGCAUUGCAAGCAGAAUUGCGGUUUCGGACAAGAUUGGAAGUGCCUCAAAUUCUGUCGCUGUGCCACUGAAAAGACAACAACGCCACCAACAACAACAAUACAAGACGAAACAUCAGAGACUAACGAUUCCACUUGA